UCCUAAACCGGCCGCUAUUCAAACUAGAACAAACGUCAGCCGAAAUGACGUCGUAUGACUAAUAGAAAAUCAGUCAUCCCAUUGUCAGAGAAUUGAAAGAAUCGUUGCGUGAGACGGAUGGAAGACCUAAGUGAAGAAGAAAGGAGAGCUCUCAGGGGUAGCAAAUUCGCGCCUCUCCCUCCUCCCUCUUCUUCCCGUUCCUCCCAACCCAGAUUGGCUCACCCGGGCGGACCGUUGAAGACGAACAAGGCUUCUGCACUCGCCAAGUUCCUUGAGAGAAAGCUUCAAGAUCCUAAUGGCUUGUCUUCUAUCAAUCCCGACCUUGUUGAAUUGGCUGUAAAAAACGCCAAGAACACUGUCUCUUCCAGUGGCACUUCGAAUUCUGGAAGAAUUAUUCAUCAUGUUACUUCAUUUGGUGACUCUGAGUUUUCAGGACUCUGCAGAAGAAAGAGUGGAAAAUUCUUCCCUAAAGAAGAAGAAGAAGAAGAAAAAGAAAAAGGAAAAGAAAAAUAAAAUUAAAAAACAAAAGCUGGUGGACGAUGAUGAGUGUGCAAAAUUGAAAAAGCCCAGAAAGAAGCUGAAAUUGUGACCAAAACUAGUGUUUAUUGUCGAUAUAGCACUUGAAGAACUUGUUAGAUGCUAUGAGAACUAGGGAUUGAGACAGCAGAGUGCAGAGAGGAUACAAUAUGAUGAUUGGUAAACUGAAAAAACUAGAAUUAGAUGUUCAUAUACCAAAAAUCCACAAAUCCAAGGAUGUGUUGUUGACUUCUUUUAGGGGUCGCCACUGUAUUGAUUGACUAGAAUUUAUCACCAUUUUCUCCGGAUUCCUUUCCUCAAUAAUUCUUUUAUUGGUGUAAGAAAUUCUGAUGUUUAAGUUGCUGGGGACCAGAGCUAGUGAUCUGAAUGUUCUAGUUGGUGAGAGUUGUCUGUAUGCCUGUUCCAAAGGAUUUUCUUUUUUCCCUUUCUAGGUCUCAUUCACUUAAAAAUUUUGUAUCAGCCGAAAAACGCCGAAUCUGGCUUCUGAAAUUUUAAUGGAUGUUUAAUCUGGUCUUAUUUAUCUUA